AUGAGAUCUUUCCGUUGUCCUGCGCCCAAUCGGCACCUUUUCAUACCUGGUAUAAUUAUACCUAAAGAUUCAGUCGUCUUUACCCCAGUAGCAAAAAGGUUUCCUUUGCGUUGUUUAAGCUAUAAAGCUAUAUGGGCACUGUCACUGCAAGCAUUACCUGAAUGUAAUGAUCGUCGGUUUUUCAUGUACAUGUAUCUAAUAUACAUUAUCAGCACUUGCAUAUAUGUGGGAUACACACUGGCAUUUAUGACGAGUAUCCGCAUCAAAUUGGUGGUUUUAAAGCGUUGUUUGAAGCAAACCAGGGUUGUGGUUAAAGUUUAG